AUGCCACUGCCAUUCCAGCGGUGCUCCUGUGAAUCUGGCACUGGUCAGUCUCCUUGUCUGGUUAGCUUGGGCGAGCCCUCCUGCUCAGAAACCAUCGGCAGUCGGGGAAAGUGCUGUGAAGCCAGCCCCUGCCAACAGAGCUCCUGCCAGGGACCUGUCUACCUGUCUGGGUCAUGCCAGGCAGCCUGUGGCCUAACAGUCUGCUGUGACAUAGCCUGCCAUCCAUUCUGCUCUGAGGCAACUUUCUGUCCUGCAACACCUUGCCCACCAGCCAUCCGUGCAGCUAGUCUAUGCCAGCCAACUUGCUGCCAAGCACGUUCAUGUCAACUCAUUAGUGGUGAAGACCAGCCCCGCCAAUCAACUUAUUACCAACCUGUCUGCUACGUUUUUAAGUCUUGUCAAUCAGUUCCCUGCGUGCCUGUGCCCCACCAGCUGUGUCCUUGUGUUUUCGGUUCUUGCAAUCCUGCUUGCUGUUUCUCCUCCCCUUGCCAGACACUUCACUGCCCACCAGUUCCAUCCAUAACCUUCAUCUGCCAGCCAGUGGCUAACCCUUGUUCUGUAAAGAACCCUUGCAAACCAGCUUCCUGCAGCACCAUCCCUUCUGGCCAACCAACUUGUGGUGAACCUACUUCCUGCAAUCAAAGUGCCUGCAAAUCCCCUUCCUGCCAACAAGCUUUCUGUGUGACAGGUUCUGGCAAAUCAUCCAGUGGAGGUUCCAGUCGCUUCCGAGCCACUGCCCCAAGUCUGCCAGGCCAGCACCUGCUAGCCAACUUCCUGCCAACCCAGCCAGGAGUCCAGCUUCCGUACAGUGACAUUUCAUUGAGAGAGCACUCUUUACACGUCCUCCGAGGUCUGCCACUGUCUGCAAGUGCAUAG